ACUGUUGUGGGCGUGGCAGUACAACAUUUUCUCAAUUCUCAUUCUCGACCAGAAAAAACAUGACUUCUUCUUACUUAUAUUUUCUGGUUCCCGUGGUCGCUAUCGUGAUCGGCUUGAAGUGCUGUCUCUUGUGCUGGCGGAUACAUUACAACCAACAGAGAAGGAGGAUUAACGAAGCCAGAGAGGCUCAAAUUCACAAUGCGGCUAUUGCUCGGGCACAAGCUGCUAGGAUGGCGGCCAUCACUCGGUCUGCCCCGCCCGGAACUUUCGCCCAGCUUGUCACCCGGAGGCCAGACGGUUCUCAACAAGUCUUCCUAAUCCCAGCGAACAGUAUUUCUCAGCGAAACCCUAACCCCGCAGCCUCUUCUCAAGUGAAUCCUACUGCUAGACCACAUCCAUCGGCCCCGCCCCAACGCCCACGCACAAUAUUUAUCACACAAGAUGAUCUCGGUUUGUUGAGUCAUGCUUGCCGUAGCAGUGAUCCUAACUUGCCUCCUACGUAUGAUCAAGCAAUCACUGGAAAGGACAAAUCUGUGAAAGUUGAAGAAGAUGGGGUUGGUGCUGAUCCUUCUGUGAAACAAGAGGAGGAGGAGGAGUUUCCGCCUUCUUAUAACGAUGGCGAGGAUGAGAGGCCACUCCUACCGUAAUUGAUAUAUCAUAAUAAGAAAAUAUAAUUUCUGCAGAUUUUUUUGUUUCACUAUUAACAAUCGUUUGUACGUGUAUUUUGUUGGACUAAAAAAAUUAUGUUAUUUUUAAAAAUAGAUCUGUCCUCAUUUUCAUUUUUUGUUGUAUAAUUAAUAUUAUUGCAGUUACAAUUAUUAUUCUGUGAAUUGUUAUUAUUAAUUUUUGUGGCUAU